AUGCUAGCCGCCCGCCCAAUCCGGAAGCUGCAAUCCACACGCAGCUUCCACACCACCUCCGCCCAGCGAGCAUCCGUGCUCUUCGCUCUCGGAGCCUUAUCGAACAGCCGCGAGACGCAGCACUUCAACAAGCUGUCUCACCUCUCGAGAGUCGAGCACUCCCCGCCGUUGAAACUCAUCAAGACCAGCGAAAUCGAUCCGUUCCCUCUCCCGACGCCUGCGAAGCCCUCUCCGGCUGUCCAGACUGUUUCAAGAACGAGAUCAGCGGCCAAGAUAUGGGACGAUAAGGCUUUGAAGGCUGGGAGAGCUAUUCUCGCUGAUAAUGCGAGGCAAGUGGCUCGUCUGAACCGGGCUCUGGAGAGAUCGAAGAGGAGACAAUCGAAAGCGGACAAAGCUAUGCAGCGAUCGUUGGCUGAUUGGGCGAAGGACAGGCAGAAGAUGCAUGCGGAGAUCCGGCAGGCUGGGGUUUGGAUCUUGGCGGCUGUGGGUACGGCUACGGGUCUGGCAAUGUGGAGGUUCUGGCCGCAGAGUGAGGUCGGUAGGGAUUCGGGAGAGCUGGGAAGGAAGAUUGCGGCGAGGGCCAGGUCGUCGAUUCCGUUGCCGGCUGCUAUGGCUGGAGUUGGGGCUGGGCAGGGUGCGGAGGUUCUGGCUGCACCUGUUGCUCAGAAUGUAGCAACGCCUGUCCCCGUGCAGUCCACCGCCCCGUCGGUUGUGAAUGUAUCUGCUGAGCAAUCAGCAUCACAGGGAAGUUGGUGGCAGGAUCUAUUCUGGAAACGGCAUUAG